AUGGCCUCCGCAAUGGCCCGCGGCGGCUACGUGACGACACCCAGCGACGCCGACCCCUACAUCUACCAGACAGGCUUUGGCAAUCGGUUCGCCAGCGAGGCCGUCCCUGGCGCCUUGCCGCUGGGCCAGAACACACCGCAAAAGUGUGCCUUCGACCUCUACUCGGAACAGCUCAAUGGUUCGUCGUUUGUCGUGCUGCCGCGGUCGGGCAUCCAGCACGUCUGGAUGUACCGCGUGCGGCCGUCCGUUGCACACGGUCCGCUGCAGGCGGCCGACCAGCUCAACCCGGCACUACAGUCCAGCUUUCUGGCGACGAACCCGGCCGUGGCGGUCGUGCCGGACCAGCUGGCUUGGGAUCCGUUUGCGCUGCCGGCCGAAAACGAGAGCAAGGAUUUCGUCGAGGGCAUCCGCACAGUGGGCGGCCAGGGCGACCCGAGUCUGCGGCAGGGUCUGGCGGUGCACAUGUACACGGCGAACCGCAGCAUGGGACGGCGCGCCUUCUGCAACAACGACGGCGACCUGCUCAUCAUGCCGCAGCAAGGCCGUCUGCAGAUCCAGACGGAGCUGGGCUGGCUCAUGGUGCGGCCAGGCGAGAUUGUGGUCGUGCAGGCCGGGCUGCGGUUCCGCGUGCAGCUGCCAGACGUUGACGCAGGCAAGGACAAGGCCGCGCGCGGCUACAUCCAGGAGGUGUAUGCAGCGCACUUUGACCUCCCCGAGCUCGGGCCCAUGGGGUCCAACGGCAUGGCCCUGCCCAACGACUUUGAGAGCCCCGUGGCCGCGUUUGACAUUGACGAGCAGAGCUGGGAGGUGGUCUACAAGCUGCUGGGCAAGCUGUUUGUGUCCCAGCUGGACCACUCGCCCUUUGACGUCGUCGCAUGGCGCGGCAACCUGGUGCCUUUCAAGUACGCCACCGAUAAGUUUAUCAACGUCGCCAACGUCGAGCGCGACCAGGCCGACCCGACCGUCUACAGUGUCCUGACCGUGCGGUCCACCGUCCCCGGUGUUCCGUUGACGGACCUGCUCGUGUUCACGCCGAAAUGGAUCCCCACCAGCAACACCUUCCGCCCGCCCUACUACCACCGCAACAUGUCCUCCGAGGUCAUGGGCCUGCUCUACGGGACCUACGGCGGCAGUGCCCACUCGCUAGAGGCCGGCGGCCUGAGCUACGAGGCCAGCUACAUGCCGCAUGGCGAGACCUACGAGACGUGGGUCAGUGCGACGACGCAGGACCUCGUGCCCAUUCGCAUCUGCGAGGACACCGUCGCCUUCAUGUUCCACAUCACAGUUCCGCUGCUCCUGGCCAAGGAUGCCGUCGUCGAUGCCCAUCCGGCACCCGAGUCGCAGCGCGCAGCCUACAAGCCGCACUUUUUAGAGAGGCUGGGUGACGUCAAUGCAGCUCUUUCCAAAGCAGGAGCGCCGAGCAUAGGCCUCUGA